CAUUCCAGCCUAACGCGAAGAUUGGGGAGACCACAUAGAGCUCGCCACUCUUUUACAAGCCUCAGUUAUCUCUUUCCUCGUGGAUAGUCUCGGGAUUCAAAAUCUGGUAAGUUAACUCAUUGAUUUUAUCAUUUACAAAGCUAUGUGAAAGUGCAAGACGAGUUAUGAAAGAUCCUUUAAGUUGCAAAAUCAAUCCUGCUACUUGGACCUCGCCAUCGCUCGGUGAUGAGCUGUCGGUAGUUCAGAAACUAGUAAGCCUGUGCUAGAUAUUCUGAUCUUACGCGCCCGAUUAAAGAAAUGCUCAGAACACUUUUUUUGGGCUAAGAAACCUCGACGUACGAAGGUUGCAGAUCUUAACCUUUGCCCCAGAUGCAAUUCCACUUUACAUUCUUUGAGCUCUAAGUUACACCGCCCCAUUCGAGUACUGAGUUUUAUCCUGUCCUGAUUUCAUGAAAGUGAGAGGGAAGUUAAUUACAACCUAACAUUCUGCGCUAUUCUUAGUCUCCAUUGAGAAUAAAAUAUAUAUAUCAUCACUCACUAGGAAGCUUUUUUUUUCUUCUAGCUGAGUUUUACUUAAAUAAAUACAAAGUUUUAAGAAACAUUUGUUAUUCUUUAACUGAACCUGAUCAAACCGGGGCUUCGAUAUUUCAUAGAAUUAAUUGAGUAGACUAAGGCAACAAAAGGCAAGCCCAUCUCAAGAAAUAUCCUGCCCGGUAAAAAAGAUAGAAACGAAACGUUGUGAGUAAAAACUAUUGUUUAAGGCCUCGGACAGCUCUCUUUAUAGUUCUUUAUACAAAGUAAUUAUGAAUUGAAAAUUGAGCAAAGCCAUCAUGUUAAUAAAAAGUGUCACUUAUGGCCACUGGCUGCUCUGUUUCUAAAGUCCUUGAGUCAAAAACAGUCUCACACCUUCAUCAGUUGGUAUAGACAUGUCAUAAAAAGGUUUCACAUAAUGCUACAUUUUUUUUUCUUUCUUGAUUCCAAAGUUUAUUUGCUUUUCUUGCCGCGCGGUUUAAACUAUUGACAUUUUCAUUUCCAUUAAGAAUUCAACAAAGAAAUCAGUCGUUCAGAGAAGUCUGAGCCGCUAGUAAAAAACCGCGGUCACAGUUAACUUAUAAUUAAGGGGCUUUCAAAAUCUUUUGCCUAUGUUCUUCUUAACUUUCUGUAUUUUUUUUCCGCGCUGACCGAGCGGCCCAUACAUUGCUUAAAAAUGCACUUUUAACAAAUCUUUACCAAAAAUGACUUAAUGAAUAUUUUGGUUUUAAUGUAAAAUGUACACAAUUCCAUGUUAGUUACGCCGACAAAGCUAAACGAUUUGACCUGUUUUGAAGCCUAACGGUGAAGUUUUAGAACCAAUUCUAACACGGAGACAUGACAAGUGCUGAAAAUAUCGUUUUGGAGUCUCCAGAUUUGAAAAUUUUUCUGGAGAGGGUACCCUCCAGAGCCCCCUUACAAGGCUCGUGCCUUCGCCACUCUCGAUAAUGCCCCCCCUUCCCGUUACAAAAACCCUAGUUACGGACCUGCAUGAAUGAACAAAAUGGUUUUAAGUUUGCAGCAAACAGAAAGGUUAAACUUAACAAAUAAUUUUAUUAUUUGAAAGAGCUUUUGAUCUGGUAUUAAAGUGUUUGUGAUCUGAUAUUAGGAAAACCUGCUAAAACAUGGAUUUUUUGUUUUUGCUCACAGGAUCACCAUGCGCGCGUCAUUAGUUUGUCUUAUUUUCCUGAUUUGUAUCUUGGCAAUAGAAGCUAAGUCUAGAUGGAAAAAAGGUAAGAAAUAUAUUAAAAAUGAAAUUUAUUGGUCAAUUAAUUCUAAAUGAAACGCCUAUUCAGUGUGGCGAGUGUUCCGAUCAAGUGGCUUAAUGAAUAAAGAGUGAAGGAUUAUUGCUGAACGCGAAGCACUUUAAUACUCAACCCUUCAACUUCAGUACAGUAAAACCCAGUUAAUACGGACACAGAGGUGACCAUGGGGAGUGCCCGUACUGACGGAGUGUCCGUAAGGCGGGUUGAACUUAGAGAAAAUGUGAGGGCUUUCUUUCCCCAGGGACACAGCAAACUGUCCGUAAAAAUGAGAUGUCCGUUGAGCGGGGUUGGACUGUACUUCAUUGAUUUUUGAAGCUAUUUACUUUGCCAGACAGUUUUCUUUAGAAUUAAUUUUUCCAUCUUUUUUUGCUCAGAAAAAACUGAAGUGAGAGAUCUUGAGGAGGCACUGGAAGAUCUAAGGAAAUCAGGUACACUGAUCAGGGGAACUUGUUUAGUAUUGUCUUCCCCUCUAUAAUCAUGAUCAUUGCCACCUUCAUCAUCAUAAUCAUCAUCAUCAUCCCGAUCACCAUUGUCAUCGUCCUUAUGGCUAUCAUAGGAAUAAUGACAGGGGCCUAUUUAUCUCUUGUAAUCAUCAUCAUCAUCAUCAUCAUCAUGAUUUUUAUCUUCAUGACUAUCCUUAUCUUGCUAAUUAAUGUCAGCAUCGUGUCUUUUGGGAAAGAUUAAAAGUAAAUACUAUUUGCGCUUGUUCAAUACAUACUGUAUAUAGUUAGGACAUGAAAGAUCCUUAGGCCAUGUGAACACAUCUAGUUCCGUUUCUACUCCUAAUCAACACUAUGUGGACCCAUAAAUGAAAAUUAAUCAUUUAUCAUUUUAUUUUGUUUUUUAAAUUAGAAAUUACUUCUAAAGGAAACAAACGAACAGGCCAUCUGAAAGAGACUUUGAAAGCUCUUACCGAGGAAGGUAGGGUCAAAACUAUAGGAAAACGAGUUGAGCAGCAUUUUGUGUUAAUAGGCUCGCUGAGAUUUUGUGUCUUACUGUUUAAAUCCCUGAUAUCUAUCACGACUUCUCAACCGCCUGGCUGAAACCAAGAAUAGGAAUCAAACGCGUCCGGCGCCACCUAAAGUAGAAAUGCCAGGGGGCUGGUUUUUUCCAAAUAGCGGCUGGUAAAAAGAGCUUAUCAUGCUGUUCUUCAUCCGCGCUGAAAAUGAUUCCUGAUGACAGACUGAACAUCUAAGAGCCGCUCUUUUAUUCUCAGCGCUUUCUCUCAGCUGAUAAUGGUCAGCGAAAAGUGUUUUGGUGUUGACACGAUGAGAAUAAAUUCAGGGAAGCGGUAAACGCCCUUGAGGAUCAGAUUUUGAUGACUGUGACUUCAACGAGAUCCGAACCCCUAGCCUCUGCAUUGGCGCUGUAGUGCUCUACCGACUGAGCUAUGAAGACCCAUACAUUGAGAGAGUUUGUUGAGUUCAUCUUACCCGUGAAAGGAAUGAACAUAGAAUGAAGAUGAUGUGGACUGCGGAAAUACAAUUUAAAUGAAGAUAUGAUCGUCCUAGCGGUAAUUGCAAUUUAAGCAAUUGCAAAUUAUUAAACCGCCCAAAAUUAAUAGUACCGGAAUUUUAACGGGAUCGGAACUCAUGGCCUCUGCGUUUAAAAAUCAUUAUUUACUAAUGACCGAAUUAAAUGGUCAUAGAGCAGCUUGAUUGCUUUGUUUGGGGUUGGCUCAAUAUCGGUUUGGUACAGUGUAUGUAUUUUCCGAACCAAGUAUAUUAAACCAUAAGUGCCGAUUUAUACAUAGCUGCGUUCUUAAAUAUAAGCCUCUUAAGUCAGCCCAAUUUUUGGUUUGGGACCGGAGUUUGGAGUUCGGUAAAGUUGGACCACCAUGUUUGACCUUUCAACUUGGCUGAAAAGGAGGGCGCAAAUGCUUCCAGGAGCGGAAAGCGUCCUGAAAAGACAAUAAAAAAGAGACAUAUUCAAAGACUCCGUCGGCACUUACAGUUGGAAAUUUCUCAAAUUUUGUUGCUCUUUUGUAGAAUCAGACCCAGCAAGUGGAAACGGUGAACUCAGCCCCGAGGACUACUGAAAAUGUUACCGAUCUUAAGAUAGCUAGAUAUGUUGUAUUUAGCAUCAUUUCUAAAGCUUUUGUAAAAUACUGAGAAUCUGUAUUGUUUCCCUUUUUUCAUCCUGGUAGUGUAGGAGAAACGGGUUCCCUUUUUAGCAGUCAAGCGUUUCUUUUAUUUGGAAUCUGCCAGUAAAACAAUAUCAAGGCAUUGCUUUGAAAGUGCACUAUACAACCAUUAGCAAAAAAAAUUAAGAGGUACUUUACUACACUAAAUACUCCAAAGGCCACUCAUUCUCGCCCACAGAGCCCGUCCUUUAUUUUGGUCAAUUCGAGUGGCUGUGGGGACGUAUAUAAAGAGAAACUUUUUCAAUUCCUGGUCAUUUUUGUUAUCUUCAUUAGAAAUGUUUUGUCCUUAUUUCUGCAUAUUUUAUGGGUCUUAUCCAAACUUUGACAUGUCUUUUCAAAUAGUUUUUGGAGCUUUCUUUUGUUAAGGAAGCAGUAACUGUGUAACAGAAAUUUUACAAUUUUCUGGCCUUGAAAACUCAAGGUCAUUCUCGUUGAGGGUCGUAAAAUCCUUCAAGUCGGGAGACACGAGAUGACAUGUCGUAGGGUAAUAUUCCGUCAACGUCUUCUCUUGUGUGCACUGAAUGGGAUGAAGUUACUCUGUAAAUCCAAGAGAAUUGUCUACGUGGCGAAUUUUAGUUUUUAAAUUAAGGACAAUGAAAUACAAUGGAGGCUGCUCUACCAGUCUUUCGAGAUUAUUCCCCGGACGAGCAUUUGCUCGCCAGUUCCCUUCUCGGCCCUUUUACUCUUAUGCAUACCUAUAAUAUUAACAAACCUCGACUUGACUGACUGAAAAGGGAAUCUACUCGUAACUGUAAGGCUCAGGAUUUGGACCACGGGCUGAAAAAAAGUCCAAGAGAGGACAGGAAUAGAUAUUCAGUUGAUAGGGCUGUUUUUUUUUUCUGAGAUGGCUGCACGAAGGUCUUGGCUGAAUUUUCACCUUGGGACUAGAAAAAUCUUCUUACUUUACAGUGUAUCAUUGUAUUAAAUCUUUACACAACAGCUUUGAUCAGCUGCUUUAUUGUAGUUAGUAUUGAAGUAAUUGACCUACUUAUCUUGCAAAUAAACCAGACAAACUGACUAUUUACAGCC